AUUGAUAUUCUCUCUUAUAGGCGCCCACCCACCAUCUUCUCUUCUUCUGUCUCUCUCUUUUUCAAACUCUUUUCCCUUUUGGCCGCCAUGGGAAACACCUUUGGAGUCAAGAAGACGGUGAAGGUCAUGAACAUCUCCGGCGAGACGAUGAAACUAAAUACCCCGGUUCAAGCCGGAGACGUUGUUAAGGAUUAUCCCGGCUUUGUUUUACUCGAAUCUGAGGCCGUGAAGCACUACGGUGUUCGAGCAAAGCCAUUGGAGCUCCACCAGAAGCUCAGCACGAAGAGACUUUAUUUCCUCGUCGAGCUGCCUAAAGUUUCAAAAGAACAGGCACCACGGCGAGUACGGUCGGCGAUCAACAUGAGUGCGAAGGAUAGGCUAGAGAGCUUGAUGUUGGCACGACGGUCAGCAUCAGACCUAACUAUCAUGAAACCGAAGAGUGUGUUGGCGGAGGAGGGUGGAGGAGAGAGUGAUGGAUCGGGAUCGGGAUCGGGAGCGGCGACACGGGUGAAGGUCCGGCUGCCGAAGGCCGAAGUGGAAAGAUUGUUGAAGGAGUGCAAAGAUGAGGCAGAGGCAGCAGAAAGGAUUAUGGGAUUGUACAAAACAAGAGAAAAUGUUUGUGAAAAUGAUCACAAAGACGAGGAGAAGAAGGAUAUCAUCAAGCCACGUGAGAAGCGACGUGUAAGUUUCAUGACGACAAUGGAAGCAAGAGGAACUCAAAUUGCAGUAGCAUCUUAAUUAACACAAGAACGAUAAGAUUCAUGAACAAAUUAAUUGAAGUGAUACAGUGACGAUCUGUUGAGAGUACUCCGUUACGUCCUUCAUUUCAAUUAAAAAUAUUCGAAUCUUACAAGCUUUUGUAGAAUAUAGCUAAUUUACUGUCCUUUUAUAUACCCAUUAUGUAUUUAUAAUUAACUUUAUGAUAUAUAUUUAUAUAUAUAGCUAUCAUCUAAA